ACUCCGAUAAGUCUCGCUCAGCCGAUCGUCAGCACUCACCUGUCCAUCAGAUGUGUUUGUGCGUUUUAUUUUAAAGUCCAAUCUACAAAUUGCGAUGUAGAGAGUGUUUUUCAAGGACUUAAUCUCACAGAAGACUGUGGAACGCACCAGGGUCAUUUAUCAUGAAAGGAAAUCUUCCUUUGGGAUGAUAACCAUGAUCCCCGAUAUGUGCCUGAGGCAUCUCAGCCAUAAACCGGCUUGUCUGGGAUUGUUACCGUCAGGUCCUUGAGUGCUCUUUCUGGCUGAAGUGAACAGGCUUGGGUAUAUCUCCCAGGUCUCCUCCAUGAGAACGCCAACGUGUGAUAUUUUGUUUGCAUCACCCCUUGGCUUUAAGUGGGCGGCUCAGAUGCAGCGUGCAUUAAAUCUGACAAAUGCAGAUGGGAUUACUCGCAAACACACGUCUAGAGUUCUCUCCAUUUGCAAGCAUGUCUUCAACAAGUUUACAACCCUCGAAUGCAACCUCGUCGGCAGCAAGUCCUAUCCAGACCGCCGAUUCUGCCGCUAUCACAAUCUUCCAAAUUUCAUCUUUACUGGUGAUACUGAUCGCCGCUUUCCUUGGCAACGGAGUGAUUUUCCUUGUAUUCAUCAGAAAACCAUCUUUGUUGUCAGUUUCCAACCGAUUUGUGCUCCAUCUGGCUGUGUGUAACUUCCUCAUGUGUGCUGUUGUCAUGCCACCUGUUUCGAUAUCAGUCGUGUCUACAGACUGGAUGCUUACAGAUCAAAGUUGCACCAUCACUGGAUUCUUGAAUGUACUUCUCUUUGCAGCUAUUAUUUUCACUCUAGUCAUGAUCACAGUGGAUCGCUACGUUGCUGUUAUGCUACCUUUACGUUACUACAUCUACAUGACAACAAGGCGGGCUGCAAUGAUGAUGUUAGUAGUAUGGAUCAUGGCCUUGGCCUUAGCACUUCCCCCUGUUCUUGGUUGGAAUUACAUCUCCUAUCAUCACCAUCGAUUUAUCUGCACAGCUGCAGUACCAGGACACGAUAAGACUUCUGGCAAUAGCUACGAGAUCUAUCUUAUGGUAGGUGGAUUUGCUGUUCCUCUGAUCUUAAUAGCUACAAUGUACGGUCGCAUGUAUUUUGCAGCAAGGAACCUCAUAGCUAGAGAUCGUCAUCGAUGGUUCCGUGUCCCAUCCUCCGAUGAGACUAGCAGUUGCUCUAACACUGACCCUGUCAAGAGACCGCGAACCUUCACCAGCGGUGGCAUCAAGAAAAUUCUACGAGUCCACAUUGGGGACGAAUGGAGGACUGCUCAGACGACCCUAAUGGUCAUGUUUAGUUUCGUUGUUUCCUGGUUACCCUACUACGUGGUUGGUUUUGUAGAGGCAGCUUUUGACAAACACGUCAGUUCCUUUUGGGAGUGGCUUCCUCUGUGGCUAGCCCUCUCAAGCAGCGCUUUCAACCCGUAUGUCUAUGUCUUCAGGAGUGCCUCUAUGAGACAUCACGCUUUCUCGUUGUUUGGACUUCGUAGAAGAGCAUCAAUAAAAGACUCUAAGUUAUUUACAGAAGCAUGAUAGUAAACUAUAUUCCCGAUAAAAAGAUACUUUGUCUGAAUGUUAUCAUGGUGAACAUCGCUGUUUGCGUGCGGUAAAAUAAAUUUUAGGUUGUUAACAAGCUUUUACUUGAAGUCGAGAUCAAACUUUGAGACUAAAGUCAUGAAGUUUUCACUUCAGUCUCGUAUAGGAGACUCGUUUUCCAGCCACGUACCGCCAUUCCAUGAUAAAGAUGUUGUCUGUAGACAUAAUUCGAUCGAAUUAUUGGUGGCGAGAGGGCUCAGUAGUUCUCGUUCCACACUAAGUGAAAAAUUAGAAUUUUUAAAUUUCACCAUUGCAACGGGUGUUGAUAUUAAUAAAUGUGAGCACCAGCAGUAACAUAUUUACCCUUCCAGUGUUGAGUUUAACACUUUAAAUAAACUUAUUUUUCGAAAUUUUAUGAUAAUAACGUGUCAUCGGGUGUAUGUUGCAACCUCGUGGUACUAAAUAGGCUAUACCACGAUUUAAGGAAAUGAAAAACUUAACAGUUCGGUUUCCGUGAAUGUCUUCGCUUGUAGUGUAUAAUGAAAGUAUUUCUGGUAAAAAAGUACAGCUUUCUACCACAAAUACCGAGAUCACAAUAUAAGCCAAUGCUUGGCAUUUUAUAAAAUUUAUUUGGAGAUCAGAAAUAACAGUUUUAAGCCACUUCGAACACAUUUGGUCACACAGUAUAUAAGUGACUGCCUGCAUAGAGUAAAACUCUUUAUCAUCGCUGAUGAUUAAUGGAGACGUCUUACAAGGUGUAUGUUUCUCCAGUAUCUAAAUAUUUAUACAAUAUCAAGGGCCUUUUACAUCAGUUGUAGCACCAGAAAUCAUUGAGAGCGGUAGGAUUGUAAACAUGGAGUUUAUCAACCUUUUUCAAGUUUAAAAUAGUCAUUAAAUCUAAGCAGCAUCUGCUGGCCCAUCACAGAAUCAAUUCAGACAGGGUUCGAGGUGCUUCGCAUUAUUAAUAUUGUGUGGGCUUUGUUGUGACACUGAAAUUCCAAAACCAAACCUUAAGGGGCAAAUUGCUAUUUUGCGACAAUCAACAACAGCCUGGCUUCGUGCUUUGCAAAGCCUGGUCUAGAGACUCUAAAGUGGGGUUGCUUUACAUGUUGAAUUACGACAUAAAACAGCGAAGAUAAUAUCUGGACUUUACCUGUUCCUCUGAAAGCAAUCCCAGGUGUAAAUUUUAAUUAAACCGUAAAAAGUCAUUGUCUACCCUGCUGGUUGCAAUUGCAUGUAUAUAAAGCGUUCCGUUUGUUUACAUCUCUACAAUCUUCCUUGAAAUUUCUAACUAGCAAGCGUGCGUCAGGUUUAUCGAUUUAGCAGAACUUGACACAAGUUGUACACGGCUAUAGGUUAUCUUUUCCUCAUCUCGUCUUUUUCGUCAAUCGAUACGUCUUCUUGUAAGACUGCUACUAAGGCUUAAGUAAAACACUUUCGGAAGAAAAGCGCCCGCGUGCUUUUUCCCCCCGCAACUUUCUGGGGAUACCCACAUUCUUUCCUACGGGAAAAUGGUUCCUGAGUAGAGACUGGUCUUCAUCCAGCUAGUCCCUCGUGAAAACUCCCCUGUUCCAAUGUAGGACUGAGAGACUAGUCUCCAUGGCUCGUGAAAGCUUACCCGGUUGAAAUGUCCUUCCCUUUGAAAAAAAAUCUUUCAAGGCCAUGAUUAUAGAAUUUACUCAAGUUGAGAAAGAACACUUAAUUCUGAGGGUUUAUGUUAAACCUACUUAGGAAAGGUGUUAAUGUGAUGCUUAUCUUUUAAGCAGAUAUUUGAUUUUACAUUCGCUUAUGUUCAUUUUCGGCAAAAGAUAUGAAUUGUAUACAUAUCAACUUCUUAAAGACAAGCUCAGUAGUAGCAAUUUAAGAAAAAUUGUCGAUUUUAGCCGUGAUUAUUAUGGAAGAAGCGGUUAUCACGAAAGACAAUUCAUUUAAAAUUGUUCAUCUUAAUUUUCUAAUAAAUUAGCUUUUGAAAUGAAGUAAGUACUCAAUUUA